AUCAAAGAUGGCGUGUAUAAACAAAACCUUUAGUAUUUUCGGUAUUCUCUUACAUGGCAUGUUUGCGUGUCCUACUAAUCCAAUAUAUUAAUGGAUUUAUUCACUGUGAAACUUAGCCGUUCCUCUACUUUAUAUACCGUUACUAGUUAUUCUCGGGAUUGUCGCCCCCCUCCAUUGAUUAAUCAGCUGUGAUUCGGCAUCACCAAAAAGAGAGGGAGUAAGGACUGAAAGUGAUAACACGAGGAGAAAGGGUAAACGAGUAAACGUCAGUGUUCAAACAAAAAGCCGGGUAUUUUUGGGUCAGACGGGUCGGCAACACCGAAGGAAGAAUUGAAUUCAAGAGAUCUCUUGAAUUUUUUUUUCAAGUUGAGGCAGCCUCAGAUUAACCAUUUGCAAUGUUAAUGGAGUUUGGACUUUGUUUGGAGUAUAUAGACUUGGACGAGGGUUGAGGUAGUGGACACGUCAAUGAAACGCUCAGUAGAUAUUUUUACCUGCGAGGUGUAAUAUCAUCAGUAAAAUCCAAGGGGUGACCAGAAAUAAUGGGGGAUAAUUGUGAAUAUGUGGAUCUGUUGGUGGACAGACGUAAGACUUCGGAUUUUCUGUGGGUGUCAAGACCCAUGGACCCUCUUGCUCCUCAUCGUUUACCUCCAGAAAUGAAGUACACCAGAACACAGGCUAUUGAAGCAGCUCUAGAUAAUCCCAGGGUGGUUUUUACGUCUCCUUGUCGUCAAAGUAUUGAAGCGAAUCUUGCUGAGUUUUCGAGUGAAUCAGAAGUACCUACUCGAGAUUCGCGAGGAUAUGAAGCACUCUGACGUGCAGUACGUGUACGUGCCAUCCCACCGAAGUUACCUAGAUUUUGUACUGAUGUCCUACCUUCUUUUUACCUUUGACAUGGCCCUACCAAAUAUUGCCAGUGGAAUGGAUUUUUACAGAAUGAAGGUUGUGGGUGAACUACUUCGUAAAACUGGAGCAUUUUAUCUCAGACGAAGUUUCACAGCUGAUCAAUUGUAUAAGGAAAUUUUCAAGGCUUAUGUUGCAUCUCUAGUAGAGAAUAGCGACAGGGCUAUUGAGUUUUUCAUCGAGGGAACAAGGAGUAGGAGUCAAAAGAGCAUAGCUCCGAAGUAUGGGCUUCUCGGUAUGAUUUUGGAAGCAGUGUUUCAAAGUCACGUGCCAGACAUCCAGUUUGUACCAAUAAGUAUAACGUACGACAGACCAUUGGAGGAGUCUCUAUUCUCCUAUGAACUCUUGGGAGUCCCAAAAAUGUGCCCGAGAAAAAUAUAUUUUCCUGAGAAAACUAUUGAGCAAUGAAUUUGCAUUGCCUGCUGAUGACUGUACAGAUACGAUUGCCAAUGAAUGGACUCACGAGAUGGAAUUUUUAAUUAAUGCGGACUGUUUCGAAUUCGAGGACAAUCGGAUUAUUUAUGGAACUAAUGAGAAAUUUAGGCUACUACUUUGUAAUUUAAUUUCACCGUUCGUCAGUGCCGUCUGUGUUACGUGUCUUACUUUAUAUCACUGGGAUAAUGCGACAAUGGAGGAUCCAACCGACAAAAACAUUUUAAAAGAAUCGCAACGACGCGCCGAAACUCUCCUCUUCCACGAUGACAGCCUCGUCCAUCAUCCCUACACUCUUUCUUUAGAUCUCUAUUCGUCGACAUUAGUUAGUUUAACAUCGUCUGGUGCCAUAAAUUCAAUACCUAAUCAACCAAAUUACGACAUAGAUCGACCAAAGUUAUCAUCGAUUAUUGUUGAACUUGAGAAAAUACUUUUAUCCAGACAAUCAUCUGGAAGUUACCUGGACAUUGGUCCCACCCUGAUUCAUCACGCUGACAAUACACUUCAGGCUAAGUUGUGAAUAUUCCAAUAUUUAACCAAAUCAAAUCCAGCAUUACCAGUAUUAUAUAAUCUUGAAACAAUAAAAUAAUACUUGCACCGUUGGUAAAUGAA